AUGGUUGGUCUCCAGACGUCGUACCAGACCGACACGGCCAUGGAGGCGGGCGCAAUCAACGACCCGCAGGCGCCGCUCGGCGUCGAUCCUCAGGAUCUCGUCAACGAUGCCCAGACGCUCUUCGGUUCCCAGACGGGCUUUGAGGACCCCCAGAUGUUCUUCAAUUCCCAGACGGGUGUCAACAGUAGCCAAAUGUUUGUCGAUCCUGCAGCCCCCUCGCAGGUCUUUAGCGAUGCUUCGGUAUCCUUCGCCACCAACACUCAGGGAGACUUCAACUUCCAGCCAAGCACUGCCAUCAACAUUGGUGAUUUCGGCAUCGACAGCCAGGGCCAGGGUCUCAUGGAAAUUUUCAACGAUCUGACCAACCCGCAGGCUGGUGGUGGGUAUGAAAACAAUGCCAUUUUCUCGGGGGGCAUUUCAAACAGCGUCAAUGCCAACAACAAUGCCGCUUUUUCGGCGGGCGGUCUGGACAGCGUCAAUGACAGCAACACCGCCGCUUUCUCGGAAGACGGCAUCACCGUCGUCGGCAACAACAACAACGCCGCUUUUGCGGUGGAUUAUAUGAACAUGAUUGAAACUAGCAACAACGACGCGCUCUCGGGAGACGGCAUCACCGUCGUCGGCAACAACAACGCCGCUUUUGCGGCAGGUGAAAUGAACAUUGUUGAAACCGGCAAUCACGCCGCGUUCUCGGGAGACGGUUUCAACACUGUUGUUGAUGCUGGUAACAACAACACCAUUUUCCUGGGGAAUAGUAGCAGCAACGUCGAUGCCAGCAAUGCCGUUACUGCUAGUAACACCAUCGCUUCCAGCGACACCGUCGCUGCCAGUGACGCAGCUGGCUUGCCUGCCGACGCCACCUACGGCCCGGCUGACGCUGCUUUGGACCCGGCCAACAACUGGCCGGAUUGUUCGCUCCGAGGUAUUAUGUAUGGCCCCUUUGAACAGCCCGAGGAGGGUGCCCUGUUCUCUCGGGUGACUUUUUUCGUCCCCGCCACACUGCGAAACACCACCGCGGAGACUCCCGAAACGGGUUCGCAGAUCCACGGGCAGAUGUACGUCGAGGAGCUUCAGCCCGUCCUCAAUAUUCAGCGACACCCCAUCGUUCUGAUCCACGGCGAUUUCCACACCGGCCAGAUCUGGUCCACCAAGCCAGAUGGCAAAGCUGGCUGGGCUUCGUACUUUGUCUAUCAGGGCUUCCAGGUGUACGUCGUGGACCUGCCCGGGUGCGGCCGCUCGCCGUACUCCUGCACCGUCCAGCCACCCGUCGGCGGGCGGCCCCAGACCCUGGAUGCCAGCGUCGUCGAGCGAGACUUGACUGCACCUGCGAAGCAGGCAUUCGAGGCUUGGCCUACCGCUAGGUACCACGACAAGUGGCCCGGAGACGGCGUGCGAGGCGAUGCCAUCUUUGACAACUACCACGCGUCGCUUGUUACCCUCACGCUCAAACGCCAUGACCGUCAGAGCUUCGCCCAGGACGCACUCUACAAUCUGCUCCAGCGCAUUGGCAAGGUCGUCCUCGUGGGCGAAGGCACCGGCGCAACCGCGGCAUGGUUGGCCGCCGACCUGUGCCCUCAUCUGGUCGCUGGAAUUGUGGCCAUUGAGCCUGCCGGUCCGCCUGGAGGCACCGCCGUGCGCAUGGGCUCGGACGGCCAGCGCCGCUACAGCUCACUCAUGACCUACGACGCUUCGCUGCGUCCGUACGGCGUCGCUGACGUCCCCAUGACUUUUGAGCCACCUCUGGGAGGAGGAGUAGGCGGAGAUACACCAGACGCACAUGGAAAUGGCAUGCUUGAGUUCCGCCCGCGCAACUUCUCUGGAACGUACGGCGGCGGCCAGGCUCGCACCUGCCUCGUGCAGCGUGCGGGGGUCGAGUCUUACGACGGGCAUGGCGGCAAUGCUUCGGUUUUCCUCGCGCGCCAGCUGGUGAACCUACGCCAGGUGCCGCACGCCGUGCUGACGGCGCACGCCAGCUCGCACUCCACGUACGACUGGGCGACGGUGGAAUUCCUGCGCCAGGCGGGCGUCGACGUGCUUCACCUGCGCCUCGAGGACUACUACAUAUACGGCAACGGCCACUUGAUGUUCCUCGAGAUGAACAGCGACCGCGUGGCCAGCCUCAUCAUGUCGUGGGUCGACGCGUACGCGGACCACCGUGCCGCGGUGGAUGAGGCCGCGGCCGCAACCGAGGAGCCGGUUCUUUGA